CGGCGGCAGCAGUAAGAGGGAGCGAGGGUAGAGCGCGGUGGAGCGUCAUGGCCUCUCCGCGCCGCCGCCGCCGCUGAGCCGGGCCGCGCCGCCAUGGAGCAGUGCGUGACGGUGGAGCGGGAGCUGGAGAAGGUGCUGCACAAGUUCUCGGGCUACGGGCAGCUGUGCGAGCGCGGCCUGGAGGACCUCAUCCACUACGCCGCCGGCCUCAAGAGGGACCUCCUGCACCGACACGGCCAAGAUGGCGAAUUAUCAGGGACACUUUCACUUGUUUUGACCCAGUGCUGUAAAAGAAUAAAGGAUACAGUCCAGAAAUUGGCUUCCGACCACAAAGACAUCCACAGCAGUGUUUCUCGGGUGGGAAAAGCUAUUGAUAAGAACUUUGACUCCGACAUUAGCAGCGUGGCGAUAGACGGCUGCUGGCAGGCCGACAGCCAGAGAAUUCUCAAUGAGGUGAUGGUAGAGCACUUUUUCCGACAAGGAAUGCUGGAUGUAGCGGAGGAGCUUUGUCAGGAAUCGGGUCUUUCAAUAGACCCAAGCCAGAAAGAGCCAUUUGUGGAGUUAAACCGAAUACUGGAAGCAUUAAAAGUCAGAGUUCUGAGACCUGCUUUGGAGUGGGCGGUAUCGAACCGAGAAAUGCUCAUGGCCCAGAACAGUUCCUUGGAGUUUAAGUUACACAGACUGUAUUUUAUUAGCUUAUUAAUGGGCGGAACCACCAAUCAACGGGAGGCCCUACAGUAUGCGAAAAAUUUUCAACCAUUUGCCCUGAACCACCAGAAAGAUAUCCAGGUUUUGAUGGGGAGCCUCGUGUACUUGAGACAGGGGAUCGAGAACUCACCGUACGUCCACCUGCUGGACGCCAACCAGUGGGCUGACAUCUGCGACAUCUUCACCAGGGACGCCUGUGCACUCUUGGGACUUUCGGUGGAAUCUCCACUCAGCGUCAGUUUCUCAGCCGGUUGUGUCGCGCUUCCAGCUUUGAUAAAUAUCAAGGCCGUGAUCGAACAGAGGCAGUGCACGGGCGUAUGGAAUCAGAAAGAUGAAUUACCGAUUGAAGUGGACCUCGGUAGAAAGUGCUGGUAUCACUCUAUAUUCGCCUGUCCCAUUCUUCGUCAACAAACAACAGAUAAUAAUCCUCCUAUGAAACUGGUCUGUGGUCAUAUAAUAUCAAGAGAUGCGCUAAAUAAAAUGUUUAAUGGUAGCAAAUUAAAAUGUCCCUACUGUCCGAUGGAGCAGAGUCCCGGAGACGCCAAACAGAUAUUUUUCUGAAGAGAUGACUUCAUUAUGCAGUUUGUAAGUGACACACUGAAUUGCGGGUGCAUUUCAGGAUGGUAGAAAGUACUUGUUCCAUUUUAUGCAGCAAGACGGAGGACUCCUGCGUUCGUAUAAGCUGUUGCUGCGGAAACUUUGCCAACAUUUUAGUAGAUACACACCGAAUGGAAAUGCUCCAGAAUUAAUCUUACCAUAGGGCUUUACUAUACUCUUGGUCUUCAUUUCUGAUCAAGUAAACACACCAGCAGUUGUCAUUCAAUGCAGGUUUUUGUACUUAAUUAUAUGGUGACUUUUUUUUUUUACUUUUUAAGAGCAGAAACAAAAAAAAAAUCACCCCCAUAUGUUUAAUAAUAUUUCUCCUGCUUUUAUUCUGUUAUCCUCUUUGAGAAUUGUCACCUUUGCAAAAUGUUUGUGACAGUUUUAUUUCCUGUUAAUGUGUACAUAAUUAAAAGAAGAUACUUUGGAAAAAAGUUUCAUAAAUCGAAUAAUGAUCAUAAAGCUAAUCUGUUUUUUUUUUUUUUUGCCAAAAGACAAAAAAAAAGGUGUGGGUUUGCUUCCCAGGAUUCUCCCCUGCCGUUUCUGACCUUUCCGUUGACACAAGUACGCAUGCAUAUCUCUCGAUGCCAGUCCCCAAAGGCUAGCCAUUCAAAUUCCAUCACUAGCUGGUGUGAGAGUGGGUAAUUUUUCUGCUGGAACAGAGUGGUGAAGGUGUUCCUCAGCUUCCUUACUUUCAUUUCCAAGAGGUGUUUUCGUUUUACGAGAUGCUUUCAAUAAAAUGGAAUUCUGAGGGAGGAGUGUUCUUCACUGAAUGCCAUUUGUUCGCCUGGCUCGGUAACCUCACUCUCCAAACUUUUUGUCCUCAGAACGGGGCUAUCGGUGACAUUUUAGUGUCUGAACAACAGCGUGCUGCGUGUGCACCAGCACCAAACUGUUGAAUUCAUUUUUAAAUUGGAAUGGAGGAUGCCUCUUUCAGGCCGAUGGUGCCGUCGCGCGAGACUAUAUCAGUUUAAACCCUGCGACUAAAAGCUAGCGUUCUGUAGCUCGGAAUAAACUCGCUUAUCGCCUUUUGUGUUUUAAUAGUAAAGUGUUGCGUGCAAUGCCUCUCCUCUGCAAAAGUGUGCUUUCCCGUCGACUCUGAAUUUGUGCAUCGUUUUGGUUGUUACAGGUUUACAGCAGAUAAAUCUUUUCUCACGAGAUCUUUUAUUUCACUGCCCAAAAGAAGCCUCGUGACAUGCAGAGCUAACUUUAAAAACCUCUUUCCAUAUCGUGAAAUUACCCGGUGAAGUGUAAGCGUGGUGAAAAGUUAUUUUGAUGUAUGAUCAAGAAGAUUGUCAUUGGGAAAGUGACAUUUCACAACCUUAUUUCCUCUAAGAACUGGACUUGGCCAUGAAAAUUAUCGAGAAGUGAAAAGAGAAGAAAAUAUGCAAUUUAAAGAGGAUUUGGGAUUUAAAUAAUUUAAAAAAACUUACCCAGUAUUAAAUUUUGGGUGGUUUUUUUAUAUUUAUGUGUUUGGUUUUUUUUAAAUCUAAUUUUGUGUGCAGCCUAAGAUACCAAGUAUUUGGUUUUAUAACCAGGGAAACCAUCACUGGUAAACUUGGCCACGAUGUUUUCUAUCUUCAUAAUAUUUUACUUGGAUUGGCUUGCUAUUUGAGUAUAAAGAGAAGGGUAUUGGAGAACAAGAAUCCACCUUAAUCUUGUAUUUUUUUUGGGGGGGUCUUGCUUUAUGUUGAAGGGGCCUGUAUAUGAUUAAUUAUGCAUAUGAUGGUCAAUCAAUCAGUGGUAUUGAGCGCUUACUGUGUGGAGAGCACUGCAUUAAGUGCUUGGGAGAGUACAAGACACAAGUGGUUAGGCGUUCCCUGCCCACCACAAGGUUACAGUCUUGAGGCCUAGUGGUUCUAAAUCUAUGCCCACUCUAAGUAGCAGAUGAAAAUUUUUUGGAAUUGGUUUAAUUUGGUUUAAUAGGAACUUAAGUGUCCUCAGAACCACUGCCCUCCUCCUCCCCACCCCACCCCACUUUCUACCUAUAUCUCCUUCACAGUUGGGUCUUUCCAAUGCCAUUCUCCCCCUUGAUGGAAGAAAUCGGGAGAGAGGGAGACUCGAGGCAGCAAAAAGGGCCUCUCUGAGACAGAAUGAAAAUCUCCACCUUUAUCUUUUAUAACUUAAAUCCAAAGGCUUUUUUUUUGUGGUGAAUUUUUUAAAAAAACAUUUAGGCACCUUCUUGUCAUCUUCUGUUUCUCCUUCCCAAACAUACCCAGAAAAGAACUUACGCAACACAUUUUGACUCCAUGUGAAAUUGGAAAAGUCCCGAUCCAGAGGCUCCAGUAGAAACCUGAGGAAUUGGGAUUCCGUGUCUGUAAAUUUUUCUGACAGUGAGCAUGGUGCUGUCUACACCUACAGAAACCAGAAUCGUGGGAGAAACUCGCGGCCGCGCAGCUCAUGAAAACUUGUUGGGGGAAGCAAAACAAAAAAAAAAAGGUCAUAAACUACUUUACCGAAGCAUUUGGGCUGAAGAUUUCCCAGGCAAGAGCGGGAACCCUUUCAAACCUUUUGGAGGAUGCAAAACUGGAAUUGAAAAGUGUGCAUCCUCUAUGACUUGGGUUAGCAUAGGUGAAUGAAGGCAUCAGCCGAGAUAAGGGGAGAUAAAUUUAAGGAAACAGAGGCAACUCUUUUGUAUAAGGUAACCAAAGAAGAUGAAAUGCAGGAGCGAAGGCCUUCUGAUUCGUGGCACUUCACAAGUCGCGUGGUAGGGCCGAACAGUCGCAGACGCGGUGUCCGUGAGGAGAAUGUGUGCCUUUCUGCCUUCUGCUCUGUAAAAAUGGCGAUCACUUCUGAAAGGAAUUUUUCUCAUAAAGCGUGGGUUCUUCAGAUGCAGGUGAAUUGCCGGGAUAGCGAAGUGGGAAUUCAAACCAGAAUUGCAGAUCGGAUUCGAAAACUGCUUCAGUUCUCGAACUCUCUCCAGUUCUUUCUUUAAGGACUAGAACGCCAGGACUUUGCCAGACCAAGUGUCCUGCCUAACCCUCAGACUCCCCAGAGUUACUCGGACACGAGUACCAUCUUUGGGGAGGGCUCGAGGGGUCAUGGUCAUCUUCACCGUUUUCAGUUUUCUCUCAUGUGCUCUCCGUUUACGGUGGCCAUUUCUCUCUCGCGCGCUCUUUUUUUAUGGUGAUUAUCAGUUACUUUUAAAAGUCAAAAGAUGUGUAACAUAUAAAUGGACGGGUAUUGGUGCCUCUGGUUUCCCAAGAGCCACCUCACAUUCAUAGGGUGUGUGAGUAUUCAAGCGUGUGCGUGGGUGCAUGUGUAUUUAAUUGAAAAUAUGAUGAUGGAGGAAAAAAGCUUUUGUUUUUUGAUUACAUAUAGCAGCUCUAUACAGUAACACUAAGACCCAUCCAGCAGAAUAUGGGAAGGACUUAUGUUCCUUUCUCCAUAAGUUCAAGUCUGGCUUUGUGGCAUUCUUUGUGUGUGCGUGCGUGUGGGUGUGUGUUCUAACUCCCCAUGGAGUAUAUGCAUCUAAGCUAAAACGGGAAUUCUUCCAAGCUAGGAAGGUUCUGUAGACCCUCGUGAGAUCAGGUGCCGGUAGAAAUAAUUCCGGGAGUCCCUUGGGUUUCCGAAUGAAGCAUAGGCUCAGUGGUUUGUCUGUUCAGCAAGACUCAGGUUAUAUUCAGUGGGGGACGUUUGACCGAUGUGAGGAGUGGUCGAGGGUGAAAAACACCAACCAAAUUUAUCUUCCACCUCUCUCGGCGGGUGGCGACUACAGCCGCAGAGGGAUGCUACGUUUCUCGAGAGAAUGGGGCGAGGAAUCUACCUUCCUGUUCUGGUGCUAAGCCCAUCCGGGACGGGUUCUGCGUGGUGCAGAAGUGUCCGGCGAAAGCAAGAGCAGUUGGUUCGGGACUGUGAUCGAGUAGAAAUCAUCGAUAGGUAGAAUUUCAAAUGGCCACCCACUUCUGCCAGAAGCGAUGUUUUCACUGCCGAUUGUGGCGGGGUCAUUGCUAGGGGACGCGGGAGAGUUUGGCUUUUGGCCUCAGCCUGUCGGGAGACAGGAUGCCGAAUGGGUCGGGUGCCAGCUUUAGGGUGCGGACCCCACGACCCCCUCCUUGCCCCCGGCGUCUUAGAACUUGGGUGUGUUUCAAUAGCAAGGAAGUCACUUCCCUUAGAGUUUCAUUUUUGAGAUUUUUACUCCGAACAGGAGAGAGACCGAAGGACCUUACGUUCUUUUGGGGACCUUUACCCCCUUAGGCUCCAGCUACAGCAGGAGUAAAGUUUAUUCCCGGCCAGAAAGGAAAGGAAAACCAAACGGGUUGUUCAGCGAUGGUUUUUUGGGCCUUCGGUUGCCGCCAGUUGCAAAUCCCACACUGGAAAAAGCGAACAUUUGAACCUUUCGUUUUAAAUCGUUUUCCCCGAGUCGGGUCCCAGCAACUGAUUCUCUCCUUUAGGAUGGUGUGAGUGGAAGGUGACAUAUGGGAGUGUGUGCCUGUGUCUAAGCAUGUCUGGCUGUUCACGCAUGCAUAUAUGCAUGUUUGAAAUGCAGAGGUGAAAAAUCUCCAUAUUCAUGUCCACAGGGAGGAUCAGGUCUUUUUUUUUUUUAAUGUGUCGUUUGCUCAUGACUGUAAACAGUAGAUUUUUUGUUUCAUUUUUUUUUUUUUGAAUUUACACAAGGUCAGCAAAUCACUUUCUUCAGAUGGCUCAGGAUUGUAUUUCUUUGGCUUACUAUGUGCUGUAGGGUUCUAUAGUAUUUCUAUAAUUCUGUAACAAAAAUAGUGUUGCACUGUAAUGUAUCAUAUAGAGCUAUAUGUAUGAAAUCUGAUCCGUUUUUUAAAAAUAUAUGUAUCCUGUUUGCAAAGGCACAAUAAAGUUGCAUCUUAGAGACUAUAGGCAAUAAGGCUAACAAUAAACAUUAUUUAACACAUCAACCAUGAAAUAAUCUCUGUCCGUUUUGAUUUUGAAAAAAAACUUUAGCCGAGAUCUUGAGUGGCUUCAGGGACUUGAUUUUCACUUUUUUUUAAAAAUUAAUUCCAAUGAAAGCUAUUUAUAAACUUCAUAUUCUAAUGGUAUAUUAUGCAGUCGGGAAACAAUGUGCAAAAAUGCUGUGUCAAUGUGUGUUAAUUCAUAUGUAAAACACAAGGUUUCUCUUUGUAUAUAUAUUUAAAAAAAAAAUUAAAGAACUGCACAUUUUA